AUGGCGGAACACACAGACACAUCAAGCACCCGAUCGUUGUCGGAGUCGGCAGGAUCCGGGGAUAUUGCUAUCGUGGGCCUCUCCUUCAAGCUACCCCAGGAUGCCGACGACGACGCUACGUUCUGGAAUAUCCUGGAGAACAGACGGAACCUGAUGACAGAAUGGCCAGAGUCGCGCGUAAAGACUGGUUCUUUCUUGGACAACCCGCGCCAUAAGUUUCAAGGCCGAGGUGCGCAUUUCCUCAAUACCGAUGUGGGGGUUUUCGACGCCCCGUUCUUCUCCGUCACGGCGAAGGAAGCGGCAUCUAUGGAUCCAAUGCAGCGGUGGACCCUGGAGGCAUCUUACCGUGCAUUUGAAAAUGCUGGAAUCCCGGCCGAGAAGAUCAGGGGGUCGCGCACCGCAGUUUUCUCCGCCUCCAUGUUAGAAGACUACACUAGAAUGGUAACCGUGGAUCCCGAUAACAUCGAGCGCACGGCCCUUACCGGGAGCUUAGUCGCUUCUAUAAUUGCAAAUCGUGUUAGUUGGUAUUUUGACCUACAUGGUCCUAGCAUCCAUGUCAAUACGGCAUGUUCGAGUAGUUUGGCAGCUGUUGAUAUAGCCUGCAAAGCUAUCCAGAGCGGCGAUGCAGAAUGUGCGCUCGUUACUAGCGCCAAUUUUCUUCUCGAUCCAGCAAUCGUCCAAUUAUUAUCUGAUCAGAAUUUCUUAUCUCCGGACGGUGUAUGCCGCAGUUUCGACCACCGCGCAAAUGGAUACGCAAGAGGAGAGGGCGUUAUUGCCCUUGUGCUUAAACCUAUAUCUUCCGCAGUUCGGGACGGAGAUAUGAUCCGUGCCGUCAUCAGAUCGACGGGCUCGAACCAAGAUGGGUAUACACCAAUAAUGACCCAGCCCAGUUCUCAAGCACAGGAGGACUUGAUUCGUCAUGUGUAUCAACAGGCCAAUUUAUCCUUUGACCAGACCCGUUAUGUAGAGGCCCACGGGACCGGUACGCCUGUGGGUGACCCGAUUGAAAUGAAAGCUCUAGGUCGGGUCUUUCGAGAAUAUCGAUCUGCCGAAGAGCCUCUUUACGUUGGUAGCGUAAAAGCGACAGUUGGACAUCUGGAAGGAGCCAGCGGCCUCGCCGGGAUCGUAAAAUCGAUUUUAAUCUUAGAGAAGGGCAUAAUCCCUCCCAACCCUCUCUUUGAAAAGAUGAACCCCGCUAUCGAUGCCGACUUCUAUCACACUGCUGUCCCUACUCAAAAAGUAGCGUGGCCGGGCUCGGGCCUGCGCCGGAUAUCGGUCAACUCGUUCGGGUUUGGGGGUGCUAACACGCAUGUUAUUCUAGAUGACGCGCUCCAUUACUUACAACAUUAUAACCUAGCUGGAAAUCACCAUACUGCUUCUGUUCCUGGGGUAAACGGAAAAAUCCACACCAACGGUAACGGCAUUGUCAACGAUGUUACCGAUAUCAAUGAAACAGUCCUUAUUGACAAACCAACUAAUGGUAAUGGGGCGGAUUAUACGAAUGGGACGAACUAUUUCAACGGAACAAUUCCUAUCCACGGAAUAGAUUCCUUGUUAAAUAGCCCUGUGACGCCCCAGAAGCUUGAUACUGGCUUACCCAAAUUACUAGUGUGGUCAGCCGCCGACGAAAAGGCUGCCAAGCGUAUGAUGGAGUCUUAUCAGACAUUCUAUGAAAAGAAUGUCUUCAGAAAUUCGACCAAGCUUGAUCGCUUAGCCUAUACGCUGGCUGUCCGGCGAAGCCAGAUGUUGUGGAGGACAUUCGCCAUAGACGAACCGGAGGGCCCAGCCGUGACGAAAUUAUCAUUCUCAAAGCCUGUACGAAGCGCAUCCCCGGCGGAGCUAGGCUUUGUGUUUACUGGCCAGGGAGCACAGUACGUCGAUAUGGGUUGGGAUCUAAUCCAGUACCCCGUAUUUGCAGAGACAUUACGGCAGAUCGAUGGUGUUUAUGAAAGCUUAGGAUGCAAAUGGUCGAUCUUUGAUGAGCUACGCUCUAGCGCAAAUAUCAACAAGCCCCAAUAUAGCCAGCCAUUGUCUACGGCGGUCCAAAUCGCUUUGGUAGAAUUACUCAACAGUUUCGGAAUUAGGCCCCGAGCCGUAGUUGGCCACUCCUCAGGCGAAAUCCCUGCUGCCUACGCUAUCGGUGCCUUAUCCUUACAGUCCGCCUGCAAAGUCGCCUACUACAGAGGACAGCUUGCCGGAAAACUUAAGGACGCUAACUCUGAUUCCCCAGGUGCCAUGAUGUCCAUCAACUUGGCAGAGGAUCAAGUACCGGAAUAUGUGGAGAAGGUCAAGACAGCGAAUGUUGGGGGCUCGAUUUGCAUUGCUUGUGUCAACAGUCCCUUUAACUGUACGCUAUCGGGCCUUGAAGCGGAUAUUGACUUGAUUAAAGCACAGGCCGACCAGGAUGGUAUCUUUGCGCAAAAGCUUAAGACUGGAGUUGCGUACCAUUCGAGCUCGAUGCAAGCUAUCGCCGACGAGUAUCGCUCGCUGAUGGGAAGCCUUGAGGGCGUAGACCGUCAAAAUCUUAAAGUUCCGGCUCAAAUUCUCAUGAUCUCAUCGGUUACAGGAGAGGCUAUUAUUCCGGCUGUAUUAGCUACGGCACAGUACUGGGUUGAUAAUAUGGUGCAUGCGGUCCGGUUUGCUGACGCUAUAAGUGCUCUAGCGCAGGAAUUGCCGAAUAUGAAGGUUACGGACCUGAUUGAGGUUGGUCCUCAUCCUGCCCUGCGUCGGCCGGUGCAAGACACUCUAGGUAAGAAGGGUGACGCUGCCAAAAUUCGCUACUUCAGUCCUCUGCACAGGUCUCAGUCAGCUGUUCGGACCAUGUUGGAACUAGUAGGGCAACUGUUUUGCUUCGGACAUGGCGUUUCGAUAACGACAGCCAACCAACAGGCAGCUCAGAAGAAGUUGCCUUUUCUUGUUGACUGCCCUGAAUAUCCCUUUAACCAUUCGCAAAGAUACUGGGCCGAAUCGCGCAUCUGCCGAGAUUAUAGACUCCGCGAGCCCGUUCAGGGAGAACUUCUCGGAGUACGCGUAUCAGAUUGGAAUCCCCUGGAGCCUCGCUGGAGGAAUUUCUGGAGCGUCGAAACAUCUCCUUGGAUUGGGCACCAUAAGGUUGGUGGAACAGUGCUCUUCCCAGCAGCAGGAAUGCUUGUUAUGGCUAUAGAAGCUGUACAGCACAUGAUACCUUCAAAUCGCGUCGUAACAGGUUAUCUCUUUGAAAAGGCCGAAUUUAUCAGCGCUAUCAUCGUGCCGGAAGAUUGGGAGGAUCGUACGGAAACGCAGUUCCAUCUACGGCCGAGAAAAAGGCAAGCGAGCGAAAAGGAUGCAUCGGCGUGGUUCGACACAACAAUUUACUCGUAUACACGUGGCCAGUGGACCGAAUCUUUCCGGGCAAGUAUUCAAGUUGGAUUCCGCGAUUCGUCAGAGACAGACAACAGAGAAAGAAUGCUGGCCGAUGAAAGCGUUCGAGUCCAAUAUAGUGACGCAGCGGAUGACUGCGAUCGACCUUUAGAUUCACAAGUCAUGAUCCGCGAAGCCGCCGACUUGGGAUUCCAAUUCGGAGAAUGGUUCCAGCAGACCCAGGACGUUCGUUGGGAUGGAAAGGCGACGGCACUCGCGCGUGUCGAUGUUUCUAAGCCGAAAUACCAGACUCGCAGUUUGGUCCACCCGGUAGUACUAGACGCAGGCUUUAUGGCUCUACGAGUUAGUGGGGGUCAGCAGCCAACCCUCAAUGUCCCCAAGCGCUUAUCGAAUGCUUGGUUCUCGGCUCUUGGUUGGCAGCACCCACAAACAAGUUGGGUCCGGUGGAUGGCUGCAUCGACGUCUACUUUGAGUGGGUGGCAAGCUGUUGGUCACGGAGAGCAGGGCAGCCUAGCCGCUCUGGCUGACGAUGGGACCGUUUUGUGCACCAUAGGGGAGGCUAAGACGGUAGCCAUGUCUACCGACACGGGAGGCAAAGAGAAGAAGCUGCUCUAUAAUGUCGAGUGGAAACCUCAAAUGAAUCUACUAGACCAAGAGCAACUAGCACUUGUAUGCGCUGCUAAUAAUUUCCCAAGGGACGAAACCGUCCUCGUGUCGAGCUACUCCAAAAUGCGUUCUACGUUAGACCUAGUUGUUGGUCACGCCCUGAAACGGUUGGACUAUACCAAGGUGCCUGACAGCCUACGCCGUCAUGUCGAAUGGAUGGAGCACCACGUCAAGGGCCUACCACCAUCACAGCAGGAAGACAUAGAGAAAAUCAGGGAUGCUGAGCUUGAAGACCGACUAUGCGAAGUAGAGACUGUACUUCCAUCGUGGAAGCUGUACACGGCUUGUGCGCGCAAAAUAAUAGAUAUGCUGGAGGGAGAGAUAGACCCGCUCCAGGUCGUAUUUGGCUCCGGGCUGGCCGACAGUUUUUACGCCGACCUGUUCCAAGACCUCUGCAACGAUGGCCGGUUUGCCGCCUUGUUGGACAUAGCUUCACACGAGAACCCAGCGCUUCGUAUCAUGGAGGUCGGCGCCGGGACGGGAGGUAUGACUGGGCACGUGCUAAAGAUGUUACAGGAGCGGGAGAAACGACUUGGUGCGCCUAGUUUCGCCCACUACACAUACACGGAUAUUUCACCCGCCUUCUUUGAGCGAGCAGGUAGACGCUGGCCUGAGCUUCAGAGUCGCAUGAAUUUUAAGACCUUCGAUAUGGACUACGAUCCCACUACCCAGGGGUUCGAGCCCGGCUCUUACGACUUGAUUUUUGCCGCUAGUGUUGUGCACGCUACCCCUGACCUGGAGCGCGCCAUCCGUCACAUACGCAGGGCUCUAAAGCCUGGUGGUCGUCUCGUGUUAAUCGAGGUUAUUAAUCCAGCUGAGAUUAUCAUCAACUUCAUGGCUGGCUUAGUACCUGGCUUCUGGGUCGCUCGCGAGGAUUGGCGUCCUCAUUCUCCAGCUGUACCCGAAGCUAUUUGGGACAAAUGCUUACGAGCUAAUGGCUUCUCUGGUAAUGAUCUGAUUAUGCGCGACUACCAGAGCGAUGUAUGUCAUGUGAUGAGUACUAUCGUGUCUACAGCGGUAGAAGCCGAAGACACCACUCAGUCAACAACAAAGCCUGGUCGCCUUAUUCUUGUCAUAGACACACAACAGCCUGGCGAUGACCAACAACAGCUGGCGGAUGCAGUGCUUAGCAGCAUUAACUCUGAAGGUAACCGGCAAGCAACUAUCUGUGCAUUUGCCUCGGACGAGCUUUCUAAGGAGCUAGAGGUUGUAACCAGGGAUGAUAUUGUCGUUUGCCUUGCUGAAGUGAAUAACAGACCAUUGCUUACAAGCCUUUCCGGGGAGGGCUUUACAUGCCUCAAGACAAUAAUUGGGCGGGCGCCUCGACUACUCUGGGCCACAGCGACAAACACCAAUAACGAACAGUAUCCCGACCAUAGCUUCCUACAGGGUUUCGUUCGAUCUAUUCGAGCUGAACAACCUGAUAGUCAAAUUGUGACCAUAGCUAUCGAGAAUGAGGUAGACGCGACGAAAUGCUCCUCUUUUAUUGCAAAGGCUUUCCAGGCUUCGUUUGAUUCGUCAUCCAAAGAGCUCGAGUAUAUCGUCAGAGACAAUUUGCUUUUGACUGGUCGGGCUGUCGAAGAUGUAGAAAGAAACGAAACGAUGCGAUCCCUUCUCUUCCCGAAACUACAGCAUAAGUCUUGGGCUGAGGCACCUGCCGUGCAGCUCUCAGCAAAUGGCAGCAACAGUCUCGACUCUUUACAAUUUGUCCUGGACACUGAAUAUGGGACUGACAUCGCUCCCUAUGAGGUUGAAAUCGAGGCUAAGGUUUGGGGAUUGAGUGACCAAGACGUUCAGGCGGCCCUUGGGAACCAAGAAGGUAACCAAGAUUCGUUAGGAGCUGAUUGUGCUGGUGUCGUUACUCGGGUUGGCCGUGCUUGUACCUUGUUCCAACUCGGAGAUCGUGUCUGCAUGGUGAAGCCUGGUUGCAUGCGCAAGUUCCCUCGCGCUCUGGAAACAAGCGUAUUCAAACUGCCCGAUUCGCUAUCAUUCGAACAUGUUACCUCUAUACUCGCUCCUGGUAUGGUGGCAUACCACGCCCUUGUCGAUAUCGCCAGGAUACAGCAGGGUGAUAAGAUUCUUAUCCAUUCAGCUGCAGGUAGUAUGGGACAGCUAGCCAUUCAGGUUGCUAAGAAGCAAGGUGCCGAUAUCUUUGCUACUGCAUCAUCGCCUGAAGCGAAGAAAUUCCUAGUGAAAACGUAUAAUAUUCCUGAAAACCGCAUUUUUAGCCAAAACGCCCUAUUCGCGAAAGGGGUAAUGCGCGCCACACGGGGAUAUGGCGUCGAUAUUGUGUGGAACUCGCUGGCGGGCAGCGAUGAAUUACAGGCUUCAUGUGAAUGCAUAGCUCCUAAUGGACAUUUCCUCGAGAUCGGCCGCGGCAACAUGACAGCAAAUACCACGCUACCUAUGGCACUAUUUGCCAAAAAUAUCACAUUCUCGGUGGUCGAUAUUACACGCUUGAAACCGAGAACUACAGUUAAGCUACUCGAAAGCACAGUGCAGCUGCUGAGUGAGGGAAAUAUUCAGUACCCUCAGCCGUUGCGCGUGUUUGAAGCGAAGGAUAUUCAACAGGCUUUCGAGCAGCUGCAGGAUGGCGGAGAGAUUGGUCGCAUAGUCAUUCGUCCAACUCCCGAAGAGGUAGUUCCACAAUUUAUAAAGGAACAGCGUUCAUGGAGAUUUGACGAAAAUGCGUCGUACCUGAUCGCCGGCGGAUCUGGUGGUGUAGGUCGAGCAAUUACUCGGUGGAUGGUGGACAGAGGAGCCAAACAUCUAAUUCUUCCUUCUAGAUCUGGUGCCAAGUCUAAGGCUGCUGCUGAGACGGUGGCCGAGCUGAAGGCGCGUGGUGUUAAUGUCUACGCCCCAAGGUGCGACGUGUCAUCAGAAAUCAGCUUGGCUUAUGUGCUAGAGGAGUGCUCCCACACUAUGCCACGAAUUAAGGGGUGCAUCAACGCUGCUGUCGUCCUCCAAGAUGCUAUAUUCCAGAAUAGCAUGACAUAUGAGCAGUGGAAGCUUCCGAUCCGCUCCAAGGUACAGACGUCGUGGAAUCUGCACCGUCUCUUACCCCAGGAUAUGGACUUUUUCAUCCUCCUCUCGUCUCUUGCUGGUAUCAAUGGCCAAUUGGCAAGUUCUAACUACGCUGGCGGUUGUUCAUUCCAGGAUACACUAGCAGCAUACCGUAGGGCUAACGGUCAGAGGGCGCUGUCUAUCGACCUCGGCUGGAUGCGCAACGUUGGGCAGAUCUCUGAAAUUGGCGAAUAUCAACGCCAACGCCAAGAGGCCGAUGACAUGCAACAGACCGACGAUACCGAGUUGUUUGCCCUGCUAACACUGGGAUGCGACCCGACUAACCCACUCCCAAUAGAUCAGGUUCUGUUCGGUCUACGCACGCCCGCCGACGCCCUUGCCCAGGGCCGAACGCCAGCAGCUAUUCUGGACCGGCCACUGCACGCUGCUUUUUCGUACGUCGUAGGCUCCGGAUCAGGCGCAGACAGCACGAGUACAAGUAGCAAUUUAGCCCCCGACCAGCAAGCGGCGGCCCUCUUUAAUCAGGCGAAAGACUCAGAAGAGCGUAUUCAGGUUGUGUUAAAAACACUGGCGUCCAAAUUAGCUCGGGCUAUGUCUAUAGCACCUGAGGACGUCGAACCGAAUAAGCCACUAUCGGCAUAUGGUGUCGACUCACUCAUGGCUGUACAAGUGAGGAACUGGAUUAACAGAGAAUUCAGUGCCCCAGUGGGUGUAUUUGAGAUUAUGGGCGGGGUAUCCAUCACGGGCAUUGCUGAAACGGUUGUAGCAAAGAGUACGGUUGGAUAA